GUGAUAUAAAACGUUGUGAAUACCAUUUCAAAACAGGGUUUUCCUUUAGUAAUUAUUUGAUAAAAUGAAUCAGACAGUGGACGAAACAGAACUUUUAACAGAAGUUCCAGAUAUUCUGAAACGUCUGGCAUUAACAGUAGUGAAAUCGUUUUACGAAACAGAACAUACUGGCAUUGUAAACCUACUAGUGAAACACACAUGUGUCAAAGAGGAUGACCUAUCUGAAUUGCUGAAAUUUGACAAGAAACAACUCCGCAAUAUCCUGGGAAGAUUAAAGAACGACAAACUAGUAAAACAACGUGUCUACAAAGGCAAACAGGCGGAUACUGGUGCAACAAUAACAUUUAAUUAUUUCUUCAUUGAUUAUAAAUUAUUUGUCAAUGUUGUCAAGUACAAACUGGAUCAUAUUAGAAAUAAAAUCGAGCAUGAUGAACGUGAAGCCACCAAUAGACCUUCCUUUGUUUGUACGCAAUGUAAUAAGAGGUAUUCGGACUUAGAGAUAGAUCGACUACUUGAUCCAAUGUCGGGGAACCUUAUCUGUGAAUUCUGUAGCGGCCCAAUUGAUGAGGAUACCACAGACGUCGAGCAGAAGCAGAAUUCUCGUUCAUUAUUGGCUCUGUUUAAUGAGCAAAUGGAACAGAUAUUUGUGUUGUUACGAGGAUGCGAAGAUAUAAAGUUGGCACCAGAGAUCUUAGAGCCAGGCCCUGAGUUAUGUAUGAAACAAUUAGUCCCUCGAACCUCGGCUAACAGCAGCAUAAAACAGGGCUGGAGCACUAAAGGACUUGUUAAUGAGAAUCUUUACGAACAUGAUAUUAAAAUCAACAUGGGAGAUGAAGUUAGUGAGGAAACAAGAAAAUCAAAAGAGACUCCAUUAUGGAUAAGCCAAAGUACAGUGGGACCAUUGCAAGACAGUGGUGGACAUCCCUCAACCUCAACAGAGAAUGCAGCACCCCCAGAAAUAGCCCAAACUGCAAACCAUGAAAUCAUGAAGGAUUUAUUAGCACAUGAGAAUAAGAAAGUAAAGUUACAGGAAAGUGUCAAAAGUCUGCCACAAGAGUCGAGUGAUGAGUCUGAUAACGAGUUUAGUAACGUUCCCGAUACAUCACAGGCUAGGGGUGAGAAGAAUACACAAGUUGAUAGUGAUGAUGAUGAGGAUAUCACAGUGAAAAUUGGGGAUAAAAAUAUCGCACUUGAUGAUAUCACAGAUGAAAUGAUUGAGAAAAUGACGCCAGAAGAACACGAAGCAUACAUGAAAGCAUAUCAAGAGGCAUUUAGUCACCUUUAUUAGUAAUCAUGAACUUCAUGUUGUAGGUUUUAAUAAGACAAUAACCUUUAUAAGGCAGUAGAAAAUGGUCAACCUCAGAAAUAACACUCAUGUGAGCAAGAAAAUGAAACUUAAUUAUAAUAUUAUAUGCUAGUUAUUGGCAUUGUACCAAGGCUACUGCAUACAGCAAAGAGAGAGUUAAGGGUUAAAAAAUAAAACUACUACAUAUGAUGAAAAUUAUAAUUAACAUUGUCACACUCCGUUAACUGCAGGUUGACGGGCCCGUUGACCACUAUUUGCUGCAUAAUAUUGUUUAUGAAACCACCCAAUUAUGAAUUAACUAACAAGCAGUUUUUGUGGGGAUGUGGUAUAUAUAUUUUAGAUGCUAGUGACCAUGGAUUGUUAUUUUACAAUCCAUGCUAGUGACAUAUGUAUAGGUAUACACUGUUUUUGUAAAAGAAUGACAGUUGGUGUGAUUAAAAUAUGAAUAGAAAAUGGUAAUAUGCUGGGGGCAAGGUAGAGUGUUGGCCCUCUAAUUAAAUGCAGUGGUAGCUGCAAUUUACGAAUCCCGUGAUAUAUAUUUGUCCCAUCUGAAAUUACAUCUUUUUCAGUAUCCGG